CUCCAAAAAUGCUAAUUUGAAUUUUACAGCCUCUCGCCCUCGCUGCUACGCCUAUGGCACCACCAUCACCGUUCUUUUAAGCCAUGUAAACGCUGACCUCUCUUCUUUCACUAAAACUUUUAUAUAUUUUGCUUCUUAAUUAAGCUUUGCAAAUUAUUUUCCUUUCAAAAAGAACCAAGAAACAAAUGGAGCGAAACGCUGUCAACGGUCGGAUUUCACCUUCCACCUCCGCAGAUCGCGGUAAAACUUCCAGAUCGACGACUAUGCAUAUCCAACCUAACUAUACUAGCAGAGCAGUUCAAGAAGCAUUGGAACACUUGGCGUCUAUUGAUCUAAUUGAGUUAUGCAGUGAAGCAAAAGUUGAGCGAUGUCGAGCAAUUAGGGAUUUAAGAAGCUGUGGACGCUACGUGCAGUCUGUGUUAGUCUCAUGUGGACAUGCCUCUUUAUGCUCAGAAUGUAGUCAACGGUGUGAUCUUUGUCCCAUUUGUAGAGUCCCUAUCCCUAAGAAUAGUAAUAGGCUUCGACUUCGCCUUUACUAUGAGUGCAUAGAGGCUGGCCUUAUUUCCAAAAAAUAUGAUGAAAGAUUUCAGGAGAAAGAUGAUGGAGACAAUCAAUUGACUGCUGAUGUUCAGCGGCUUUAUUCUUUAUUUGAUGUCUCUAUGGAAAAUAACUUGGUUUCUUUGAUUUGUCACUAUGUUACAGAUGUUUGUAUGGAUGAAACUGCUGUGUCUAGUGAUCCUGUUGUUGCUUUCUUGCUGGAUGAAGUUGUUGUGAAGGAUUGGUGCAAGCAAACCUUCAGAAAUAUUGUAUUGGAACUUCAGGGGAUUUAUAAUCUUGAAGCAGAAGAAAUGAAAACUAGGUUGAAUUUUCUUGUUAAAUUUUCAGUACGUCUGGCUGGAUUGUCUGAUGUGCUUGAAGUUUUGGAGUCAUCAUUUAAGGGUAAUCUUUCAGCACGGCUCCAUGACCUGCAGCUUCUUCAAGAGAGCAUUUUAAAGACAAAGCAGCAUAUGGAGAUUAUGAAAUGGUGCAUAAAGCAUCAAUUUUUGGAGAAUAUUAAGUCUCGUCAUGCUAAUUUUUCAUCAUGGCGUUCUAUUGUUCGUGAGAGAAAAUCAGCUGCAAUUACGCGCUCUUGGCCAGAUAUAAUAAAUCAAUCUGCUGACUCCAGUAUGCAGACUGGUUCUUUGUUCAUUGAAGAUGCUUUAUCAAAUCUUGGGAUAGAACAAGGAUAUUUACAGGAUAUCCGAGAGGAUUUAGAACUUGCAUCUUUACAGAAGGACCGUGGGUCAUUUUUUAGGUCUAAGAUAGAGGGGGUGGCAGGAUGCUAUCCAUUUGAAAGUCUUCGAGCUGCCGUUGAUGUACUCUUUUUACAUGGAAGUUCUGAUUUGGUGGUUGCAAAGCAAGCAAUCUUACUUUAUUUCCUUUUUGAUCGGUAUUGGACAAUGCCUGAUGAAACUUGGAGGCACCUCAUAGAUGACUUUGCAGCUACAUUUGGUAUAACCAGGCAUGCAUUACUCGAAUCACUGGCCUUUUAUCUUCUAGAUGACCACACAGAUGAAACUCUAAAGGAAGCUUGUCACCUGCUUCCUGAGAUUGGAGGCCCAACAACACAUCCUAAGAUUGCUCAAGUGUUGUUAGAAAGGGAAGCACCGGAAGUAGCUCUGAUGGUGUUACGUUGGUCUGGGCGUGAUGGAUCACAAAUGGUUUCACUUAGUGAGGCUGUUACAGCUAUUCGUGUGAGGGUUGAGUGUGGACUUCUCACUGAAGCAUUUAUGCAUCAGAGAAUGCUUUGCACUAAAGUUAAGGAAAAGAAGCGGAAGGAUGGACUGCCUGAGGAUGCUUCCGCUGAAUUAAAAGGUGAUUGCAAGACUUGGGAGGACUGGGUCGAGGUGCUGGUUACUGAAAUCUGUUGUCUUUGCAUCAAGAGCAAAUUGGUAGACCGGAUGAUAGAGUUGCCUUGGAGUUCAGAUGAGGAGAACUAUAUCCAUAAAUGUCUUUUAGAAUGUGCAACACACGAUCCUUCAUCAACCACUGGAAGUCUGCUGGUUGUAUUUUAUCUCCAGCGCUACCGAUAUGCCGAAGCAUACCAAGUGGAUCUGCAACUUCAGAAUGUGGAGCAGGACUUCCUGUCAAAGAAUUCUGACAAUGAAGAGGUUUUAUCAAGAAUGAGAUCAGCUAGUAAUUGGAGAACAGGACUUGUUGCUAAAUCCAUUGAGUUGCUACCACAAGCCCAACAGCCGCAAGCAAAGACUGGAAAACUGUUGCCUCAGAUUUAUAAUGUCUGGCGCGAACAAGUUGAAAUACCAGCAAAGUCUGAACCCAUGGUCCAACAGCUAAAGUCAAGCAGUUUACUGAUUCCCCCAUCUGAUAAUUCCUCUCUCCUUCUGCAGACAAAUCAUAUAACUCCAUUUAAAUCAUCAGUUACUGAAACUUCAAUACGCAGUGGAUCUGUCAACAAGCCUCACUUUGGCCUUGGCGAUAAUGGCCCUCCAUCAGUUCUCCAUGAAAGGUUAUUUACAAAUGCAGGAAAAGGACUGAAGCCACAAGUUAACACUCACAAGAGUGUUAACUAUGAUGGAACCCCAAAUCAUGUUAUUCCUUGUGUUAGUCCCAUGAGCGCCACACGACUAAAGGAUGUCAGCAAAACUUCAUUCAAUGUCCUUUCUGACAGCCACCUGCAUCAUGGUCAAUUGGAUGAAUUCUCACCAGAAAUGGAACAAAAUGGAUUCAGUGAGCAGUUUCAAAAUACAAGUCUCCAUUAUGUCCACAAGGUUAAAACUCCAAUUGCUAUGUCCGGUGGCAGUCGUGGCUUUCUUAAUGAUUCUUCACGUUCGUCUACUAAAAGGGUUCAUUCUUAUAGACCAGAUGAUGGAUCUUGGAAUGUGACUUCUGAAGCUGAUCCAAUGGACAUUGGUAUAAGUAGAGAGAAGGGUUUCACUGUCGAUGAAGGAAAUGUAAAUGGUGGGCUAAGAUGGAGGUCUGAUGAGUCCAGUGAUGAGGAAGGGGAGCAUAAUUUGGAGAGGGCUGUUGGAGUAGCUUCUUUUACAACACCCGGACGAGGAAUUAGAAGAAGUAGGUUUGCUAAAAGAUGAAGAGUGUUGUUGGCCAUUCUGUAUACUAUUGAUUCCUGUGACUACCUAUGAUCGUCUUUCGUUGUAGACGGGGUGCGCGGGAUGCAGCAUGAAUCAGCAGCGAAAAGAAGAAAAGGCCAUUAACUCUUUUGGUUGAGAGGGAUGCACCACUAAAGCAAAAUGAGUGAGCAGUGAAACAAAGCCAUAAAUUUUUUUGGUUAACGAGGGCCGCACUGCUGAAUUGUGAGUUUCGCGGGGAGAGGUAUAUAAGCAUACUACAUACUGAUUCCUAAUUGAAAAUUGAGAUUCAGGAUCAUCUCUGUUUCUUCUUGCUGUUCUUUUGAUCAAAUGUGAGGUCUUCAUUUUUGUAUCAUGUCAAGUAAUUAGAAUCUCGCAUCAGGUUUCUCAUUUUCCUUUUCUCGAUUGCUGCCAGCAAUUUUUAUUAACUUGUAUUCUAUUUGUUUUUCAAAAUGCAAUUGCUCGUCUUAAUAUUGCUGCCCCA